AUUAUUUAUACUCCCAAUGCUCUCCCCUUCCCACUAUCACUUCACCAUUUUUCCUUCCCCAAAUCUCUGUAAAAUGGAAGAAAAACCCAUUUCCAUUUCCUUCCUCUUCACUUUCCCGUCCAUUUUCCUUUCCCUCUUUGCCAUUUCUGUGUCUUCCACUUCCCCUCAAUACCAAACAUUAGUCUUGAACUCCCUUCCCAACUCCGAACCUCAGUCCCUCUCAUGGGCUACCGAAGAUUUCGAAGCCCAACUUUCCGGCGAUGGGUCAAACCCGGAUCCGGAUACCACACUUUCUGUACAGUUGCAUCACGUCGACUUAGUAUCUCCUUCAUCCUUCAAUGCUACACCUCACGCUUUGUUCAAACUACGUCUCCAACGUGACGCUGCUAGAGCUAAGGCACUUUCAGAUCUCGCUGCAGCUAAUAUCACCGUCGGCCGCCGCGGCGGAGGGCACCAUGUUGUCGGCAGUAGGGACUUCUCUAGUUCUGUUACUUCUGGACUCGCUCAGGGUAGUGGCGAGUACUUCACGCGCCUUGGUGUUGGCACUCCUCCCAAGUAUGCUUACAUGGUGUUGGACACUGGAAGUGACGUCGUUUGGAUCCAGUGUUCUCCUUGCAAGAAAUGCUACACUCAAUCCGACCCGGUUUUUGACCCGACUAAAUCCACCUCCUUCCUUGGUGUUUCAUGUGGGUCCCCUUUGUGCCGCCGGUUGGAUUCUCCGGGCUGUAACCGCAAGAAGUGCCUUUACCAAGUUUCAUACGGCGACGGUUCUUUCACCGUCGGUGAUUUUUCAACUGAAACGUUAACUUUCCGUAAGACACGUGUAAACAACGUGGCCCUUGGAUGCGGCCACGAUAAUGAAGGUUUAUUCGUGGGAGCCGCCGGGUUACUCGGUCUCGGCCGGGGAAGACUGUCAUUUCCGACUCAAGCCGGUCGGCGGUUCGGCCGGAAAUUUUCUUACUGCCUUGUGGACCGCUCUGCUUCCUCUAGACCGUCGUACAUAGUUUUCGGUGAAUCAGCUGUCUCUCGAACCGCCGUGUUUACCCCACUCGUAAAUAACCCAAAACUCGACACCUUUUACUACGUGGAGCUCACCGGAAUCAGCGUCGGCGGCACUAGGGUUCCAUCCAUUAGGCCGUCACUGUUCAAGCUAGACGCAGCCGGUGAUGGUGGGGUGAUAGUGGAUUCAGGAACUUCAGUGACCCGGUUGACCCGACCCGCUUACGUGGCACUGAGGGACUCUUUCAGAAUGGGUGCUGCAAAUCUGAAGAGAGCACCGGAUUUCUCGUUGUUCGACACGUGUUUUGAUCUGUCAGGGAAGACGGAAGUUAAAGUUCCGACGGUGGUUCUGCAUUUCAAGGGAGCUGAGGUGUCAUUGCCGGCGUCGAAUUACUUGAUUCCGGUGGACAGUGAUGGAACAUUCUGCUUCGCAUUUGCGGGUACAAUGAGUGGAUUAUCAAUUAUUGGAAACAUUCAACAGCAAGGUUUUAGGGUAGUGUUUGAUCUUGCUGGUUCUCGCUUAGGAUUUGCUCCUCGUGGCUGUGCUUAAAUUAAUGACUCGUAAUUGGGAGAAUUUAUUACCAAAAAUCCCCACUUUUAUUUGUUUGAUUGCGUGCUUGGUUGGGGGUGGAUUAGGAGAAGAGAAAGAAACAUGAUCAAAUGUUGUAUGUUUGUAUUUUAUGUGCUAAAUUAAUGUUGUAAUACAGGAUAAGAGAUGCUUUGAAAGAAGCAAUUACAACAAUGUAGUGUAGAUUGUUACUCAAAACGUGUUUCUGUAAGAUGGACGAAGUUGAUAAGUAGCUGCAAAAUGUGCAGCGCUGCUUAAUCUUGGCAUUGCUUUAUAUAUUAUGUGCUCUGGUCGAGUAUUGAUUUUCUUGA